AUGGCGAACACUCGACAACAAGAAAUGGAGAAACAGUUGAAGGAUAGUCAAUUGGCGAUUGGUAAGAUGGAGAUCAUUGUACAGGAUCUCCAAGCAAAUUCUCAAUUAGUGAGCGACAAUAUGCAAACAGUGGCUAUGAGUGCAGAAGAAAAUAAGGCAGCGGUGGCGCAGAUUCAACUACAAAUGCAAUUAAUGGUGGAAAAGUUAACAGCCUUAGAAAAUAAUAGAGGAAUGGUUGUCAAUGGAGGAAACCCAGAAACAAGAUUAGCAAGGCUGGGAAGGUUAGACUUUCCCAAGUUCAAUGGAGAAGACGUGGAAGGAUGGAUCUAUAAGUGUAACCAUUUCUUUGAAGUGGAUCAUACGCCUGAAAAUCUGAAACUGAGAUAUGCGGUAGUUAAUCUUGAAGGCAAGGCACUGCAAUGGCAUCAAGGGUACUUGAAGAGCAACAACUUGACUAUUGAUUCCAUAAGUUGGGAUGAUUAUAGAAGAUCAGCAGUGGCAAGGUUCUCCAAUGAACUGUUUGAAGAUGCCUUAGAAGAAUUAAAGAACCUGCAUCAGACUGGGAGUUUGCAGGAGUAUUGUGAUGCUUUUGAUGCUCUCUUAAACAAGGUAAAUCUCUCCCAAGAUCAAGCUGUUAGUCUAUUUGUGGGAGGAUUGAAAAUGGAAAUCAGGUGUUUGGUUAAAGCUUUUAAACCAAGAAACCUGAGAGAAGCUUAUGCAGUGGCAAAACAGCAAGAAAAUAUACACAACACCCUAUUUGGAACAAACUCUUUUAAGAAAAACUCAAACCAAUUCAAUACCCCAUCAUAUUCUAAACCUUCAACCUCAACUUUUAAACCUCCUUCAACCAUGAAUGCUAACUCUCUUCCUUUGUUACCCAAACCUACCCAAGCUAACCUACCAAGAACCACUAGGAAAUUAUCUACAAAAGAAAUGGCUGAAAAGAGAGAAAAGGGAGAGUGUUUCUGGUGUAAUGAGAAGUUCACACCUACUCAUGACUGCAGAAAUAAAAAACUCUUCAACAUUGAAAUAGUGUAUGAAGAAGAUGACCAUUCUGAUGAAGGGGAAGUAGUAAUUGGGUCUGAGGAGCCUCAAAUCUCUAUUCAUGCCAUCACAGGGGUACCCUCUUAUUCUACCAUGAAAAUUGAAGGCUAUAUGGGAACUAGAAGGCUGUACAUACUGGUUGACUCAGGGUCAACCCACAACUUCAUUAGUCUGAAACUGGUAAAGAAGUUGCAAUGUUUGGUACAAUCUGUCUCCUCUAUGAAGGUUACUGUAGCCAAUGGUAACCAAUUGGAAUGUGGUCAGAGGUGUGUGGGGUUCAAAUGGAAGAUGCAGGGUAUGUGGUUUCAAGCUGAUAUGCUUGUAAUUCCAUUAGAUAGUUAUGAUAUGGUGCUGGGAAUAGAAUGGUUGUCUAAGUUGGGAGACAUUGUAUGGAAUUUUGCUGAGAUGACCAUGCAAUUCAAGGUCCAAGAUAGGGUGCACACAUUGAAAGGAACUGAAACAAAUGGAAUCAAGUUGUGUUCUACUGAAACAAUGAGUAGUUUGCUUAAUGGAGGAGCAGGGGCAAUUCAGUCACACAUAUUUGGCCUGCAACUGAAGAAUGAUGUGCAGACUGAUCCAUUUGGGUCCAAGGUCACUAAUCCCAUCACUUGUGUCAAAUUGCAGUCAUUAUUGGAGGAAUAUAAAGAUGGUUUUGAUAUUCCAACUGCAUUACCUCCAAAGAGGUCUUUUGAUCACAAGAUAACUCUUAAUAAUGGGGACAAACCUGUGAACUUAAGAUCUUAUAGAUAUCAAGCCCUGCAAAAGGAUAUGAUAGAAAAAAUGACACAAGAAAUGUUGGACUCAGGGGUAAUCAGGAGUAGUCAAAGCUCCUUUGCAGCACCUGUGGUGUUAGUUAAGAAGAAAGAUGGGUCAUGGAGGCUAUGUAUUGAUUACAGACAGCUCAAUGAGGCAACCAUCAAGAACAGAUUUCCUAUACCCCUUAUUGAUGAGUUACUUGAAGAAUUAGGAGGGGCCACCAUUUUUUCCAAAUUGGAUUUGAGGUCUGGCUACCAUCAAAUCAGAAUGUAUGAGCCUGACAUACAUAAAACAGCCUUCAGAACACAUCAAGGGUUGUUUGAGUUCUUGGUAAUGCCCUUUGGGCUAACCAAUGCUCCUGCCACCUUUCAAGCCUUGAUGAAUUAA